AUGAAUUAUUCUAACGAUUUUCAAAGCGAGCUCAGAUGAAGAAAUAUUGUUGAUGCUGAAGGGCAAAAAAAAGAUUUUAAUUAUCCAUGGAACAUGAAGUACCCAUACCAACAAAAAAAUUCGAGGAGCUCAGAUAUUAGCUAUAGAUCUGACUCUUCAAGAUCAACUGUAAAGGCAAGACCUGAUAAAAUAAACAUCCCAAUAACUGCAAGGUUCCAAGAAAGCCUAAAAGAUAGAGCAAAAAGCGUAAAACGCAAUGAAAGAUCAAUUAUAACUGAAAGGUUGUCAAAUGCUUAUCCGAACUGCGAAAUAGAUUCCGCGAAAAAGGAACUAUUUAAUAGUAAAUUUGAAAGAACAAGCCCGCUUAAAAAAGAAUUCUUUGAAAAAGAAAACAUAUCAGUUUUACCUUCAAAAUACUUAGAUAACACACAAGAAACUUACAACUUUUCAUCGAGUCCUAAUACCGAUGCAAUGAAAAGUUUUCUAUCUUCUAUCGGUUCAAACGCUGCUGAAGACGAGAGUUUCGUUUCAAGCAGACUAGAUUAUGGAAAAUUGAAGUAUAGAAACGGAGUUAGAAAAAUGAAUCAAUUUUUAGGCCAAAGAAAUUGUUAUGGAUUCGACUCUGAGAAUAGAAGCCCAAAUGGAGAUUUGGCUGAAUUAAGAAAUAGCGACAGAAUUUUGAGAGAAAUUAAUUUAGAAGAAAAAUACAAUAGGAAUACUGAUUUAGAGAUGACAAUAGACACAAGCAUGAAGGGUGAUUUUAGCCCAUUUAAAGCAAAUAAUGUUAGCCAUUUGUCAAAUGCACUAGACAAAUUUAUAGCAGGAGUUUCCCAAGUAGAGGAUGAGCUAAAAGACUUAAAAAGGGCUGCUUUUGGAAAAAGCUCAUUUGAUUAA